AUGCCUGCCAAAGUUAUGGAAUGCCUUCAAGGGUUAGGAGUGACCAUGGUCUCGAAAACAUGGGUGUAGCCUGAAUGAUGUUGGAGUGUUGGGGAGUCAGCAGAGGGAGCAUGAUAACUGGAAGUUCAGUGCACAAUCAAAGAGUGGAACGGCUUCAUAGAGAUGUGACCAGUGGUAUUCUUAGAAGCUAUCUAGACGAGUUCAAUAUGAUGGAAAGAUCUGGUCUGUUAGACCCUAUCAAUGAAGUCCAUCUACUGUCACUUCACCUUGUAUUUCUGCAGGAAAUUAAGAAAUCUCUGGAUGAAUUUACCAGGCAGUGGAAUUACCAUGGCCUUAGCACAGAAGGUGGUUCAUCUCCUCUUCAGCUUUGGACUGAGGGUAUUCUAAGAUCUGCAAAUGGCAGGAACUCACCUCUGGAUGGUAUUUUAUCAGAGGAAGAAUUAAUUUGGUAUGGGGUAGAUGAAGAGGACGCCAUUUCUGUUUCAGAAGAGGAUCCAGAGGUGAGUGUUCCCAGCAGUAACAUACCUUUGAGUGAAGAUCAGCUGGAUUACCUUCACUCCCUAGUAUCCACAAACCUAACAAGGAGUGAACGAAUCUCUAAAUAUGUUGAGCUUGUGGGUGUUGUUAAUGAGAUGCUUUAA